UGCACCUGUUAGACUUCACACCUCUAAAUAUUACAAGUUUUACACUUAGGCAAUAAUGUAAUCAAACAAUUAAAUUUAACUGUGCAACAAGUGGUGUUUAUUCACUGCAAGAGUGGUUCGCACGUGGUUCAAUGGGCAUCAAUGUAUAUCUGUUCUUAGUGGAGGAAGGCCGUAGAAUCUACACACACACAUGUGUUAAUUAUAGCACCGCAGACUUUAUAUAGUUAGGUCUUGCACUGCGUUGGCCCUGUAGCAGUCAAAUCGGGUAAUCGGUCUAGUCGAAUUGCGGAAAAUGAAAGUGCAGAAAGUCUAAUUAAAAUUCGGAAAACAAAAAAGUGCUGUAAUGCUUUUAAAAUUUUCUAUUAUCAUGGUGCUGUGACCGUAGUGCUUUACAAUGUCACUAUCAUAUGACAUCGAAACACAAUAAUGCGACCUUCCUAAUAAUUUACCUUUGCUUAACAGUUUCAACAACGUCAACAUAUUUCAUCUUUAUCUGACCGCAGUACUACACGUAUGUACGUACGUACACAAACUAAUUAAUGUUUAUUAUGCUGUAUUUUCUACUUUUUUUCACAAAUAAACGUCAGUAGAGGAGUAACUACUCGUUCACGGUACAUAAAACGAUUGUGAUUAUAAAUUGUGUUAACAAAAUGAAAAAACUCUGUAAUAAAAUUUCCAAGCAACAGUGGAGAAUUACCGUUCCGAGUAUCAACACUUCGAUCCUAAAAAAAGUUCCAAAUAAAAUUGCAGACGAUAUUAAAAGUAGUAGCAGAAAUUCGGGUUCAUAUGACUUGGAGCUGGCCCAAAAAGAGUACAACAAAAGCAGGAGCUUGCCAAAUAGUGUUUAUGUGAAUAGUGACAACAGUGAUAGCGAAGAUGAAAAAUUCGAAGACGCCAGAACCUCCGAUCGAAGUAACGUUGACACCAAUUUAUACACGAGCGAAGACGAUUUCCUUGAUACCGAACUUUACGCCGAUGUGGUAGUGAGUGAUAAAAUGGAAGAAUCUACCAGCAAAAAUAAACCCAGCACAUACCAAUACGAUGUGCCCAAAAUUAGUUUUUCCUUUUUUUCCAAACGUGAUUGUAAGAAAUGCGAAAAAAACGAAGAAAACACAUACGAAAACGAUCAAACUGACAACAAUAUGACACAAAGGAGUGAAGUUACAUUUAAGUUAGCUACCCCUGAGAGAGAAAUCACUGAGGAACAAUCCCCCGUGAAAAGUGAAAGUAUUGAAAUUUUGCCUGUAGUAGGAAUAAUCAAGUGUGGAAGUGACCCUAAUCUAGUGAUUCGGGAUAAAAGUGAAAACGAUGACGACGGUCUGUACAAGAUCCCUCGACGACUUGCCAAGUGCAGACUUUCUCAAUCCCUGAAUGAUUUUAAGUUAGAAGAGUUUCAAGCUUACACUUCUGAUCAUUCUAGUAUUGAACAUAUGUCGUGUAGUCAAGUUUUAGCACAAAAUCAAAAAAGUGUAGAACUUUCGAAAGGUCAAAGUUCAGAGAACAUGGAUUACUGUAAAACGCGAAGUAAACUACCUCUGAAGAUUCGAAGACCAACGUUUCUGAAAAAACCGAAAAAGGCUGUUGACACCUGGAACAAUUUUAGGCUUAAAUUGAAUAAUAUGAUGAUAGAACAUGCUGCUCAACAGCGAGUAGGUGCCUAUAGUGAUAAAGAAAAAGUUGUGAUCAAUUUUGAAGAAGUUUACAAACAUUCUAAAGAUAAGUGUAAAAGUGCGUUUCGAAGUACCACAAGGUUAUUUAAAAGAAAUCAAGAGAGUUUUGACAGUGAGAAUUCGAGUCAAAUUGUAAAAAAUGAUGCAUUUUUUGCAAGAAUGCCUAUUACGCCAAAGGAUAUCGAGUACAAGUUUAAUUUUAAUAGCAACGACAAUUCUAACAACGACGCUACGAGCAGCAAAAUCGUAGACAAAUUUGAAAGUGUAGACGAAAAACCAGAGUUUGACUUUUCUUCAAUCAGAUCUGCAUUUCGUCGAAGCAAGUUGGUACCAGAGGGUCAAAAUGGGUUCGAAGACCUCAGAAGAUAUGUUAAACAAGGAGGCGAUUUUUGCAAGGAACUUGCGACAAUACUUCAAGAAAGAGCUGAAGCCGAAGCCCAGUACGCGAAAAACUUGUCGAAACUCAGCUUGAAAUUGUCAAGGGCGUGUCGUGAUGGAGUCGGUGGUGUAAACGAAGCAUGGAAAGCAGUUGCUGCAGAAUUAGAAGCUAGGGCGGAAAUUCACAGACUAAUGGGUCAAGCCCUUUUAGAGGAAACAGCAAAACCUCUUCGCAAUUUAACCGAAAAUCAACAUAGAUCAAGAAAACAAUGCGAAACCACUGUGGACAAAGCUGCAAAAUCUUUAGCCGAAUGGCGAACAGCAGAAGCCAAAAGCAAAAAACAAAGCCAUACAUGUGCCAGAGAUAAUGAGAAAUUACAAGAUGCAGCUAUUUUGGAUACUACUCGUUCUGGAAAAUUGACAUUAUCCAGAAGCACUAGUUUAAUACAGCUGGCACAUAUACACAAUAAAAAUGGCGCAGAAAAGGAAAAUACCAAGUUGGAAGGAAAGAAACGAAAAGCCGAAGAUGCUGUGAAGAAGGCUGAUAUUGAAUACUACACACUUUGCGUUCGCGCAGAGAGAGCAAGACUGGAAUGGGAAUCUGCUGUUCAGCGAGGCGUAAAUACUUUUCAAUCUUUGGAAGAGGAAAGAUUAAGCAAUUUAAAAACUAUUUUAACGUCAUACCUUCAUCAUGGAGCCGAUCUUGGUCCUAGACUUAUCGAAGUCACCGAAAGACUCAAAGGUCCGGUCUUGCAGGGUGAACCGGGUAAAGAUUUGAGCACGUUUGUUAAUCUAAGACAGUCUUCUCAGCAAGUAUCUGAACAACUUCUUCCAGACUUCUAUUGCGAACACAUUACAUUAGCAAUGAAUAGGGAACGUCGAAAACAAGCGUUGGUUAAAUUAUUACAUUUAAUCCGACAAGAUAUAGAAAGAGAAAGGAAGUCAAAAAAUGGCCUAGAAAAUUUAUCGAAGGCAAUUAAACAAACUCCGAAUUUUGGUGCAGAAGAUUCACAGCAGAGUGUCAGUGAAAAGUUAUAUCACAUGAAAUCGAUGUUGACAUAUCUCGAAGGAGCGAGAUAUAAACUACAUAAUGCAUUAGCGGAACUAGAUAGUAAACCAAGAUCUGGGCAUCCAUUGGCGGCUCACAUUACCAUAACUAGGGACAAAUCUGGUUUACAACAAAGUAUACUUAAGGUGCCCCAGUGGUUAAGGGAAGAGUGGUUUGAUUCCGAAAAAAGUCCUGUGAGUGAAAAAUCCGUUAAAUCCAAUAAGUCUGAUAAUUCAGAUCCCCACAACAAUGACAUAGCUGAUCCAGAUUGGACGGAUAGGGGAGCCGCCGACGGAAACUCCAAUCAACCUGAUUCAGACUUUGACGAAUUUUCGUCACAGUGUAGUAGUGCAGACAACAUUUGCAAUCCUGAAGAAAAUCCAGUGCAACCCAUAGCGCAAUGCAAGGCAUUGUACGCCUAUACUCCAAAUUUAACAGACGAAUUAGCUUUACAACCAGGGGAUCUUCUGUCGGUUUAUCGCCAACAGGAUGACGGUUGGUGGCUGGGGGAAUGUAGAGGAAAUGUUGGUAUUUUUCCUGCAACUUACGUCGAGUUGAUCAAUUCAAAUUAAAGACUGGAUAUAACUAUUCCAAACUUAUAUUUGUAAGGAACACGUAAUGAGCAAUAUCCAUUUUUGGAAUACACUUUGUACAAAUAAUUUAUAAUUGUGUUGUAAAAAUUAUAACAAGUACUUUUGACGUACUUUACAGUUUUGUAUCAAGUUUGUAUUUUUCUUUUUGUAGUUUGCCUGUAAUAUACAUUAAUUGUUAA